AUGGGUCACCUUAAACUGGACUCCAGGGCUCUGGCUCUUGUCGCGAUUCUAUUCGUUGUCGCUUAUGUUGUGUCGACGCUUUACCAAUGGGCACGUCUGCGGCAUUUCAAAGGGCCAGCAUUCGCUGGAUUCUCUCAAUUGUGGCUAAUCUCAACGGUCGGUGGUGGUCGAACUCACCUGGAUCUUUGGGAGGCUUGUAAGAAGUAUGGUGAUAUCGCCCGCGUUGGACCAAAUGAUCUCAUCACAUCGGACCCAGACUUGAUGAAACACAUGCUCAAUGUGCGCACACGGUUUCAACGUUCAAGCUGGUACGAUGCCAUGCGUCUGGAUCCCACAAAGGAUAAUGUCCUGUCUCAGCGAAACGAUGAUCUACACGCCAGCACUCGUUCCAAGAUGGCAGCGGCCUACUCGGGCAAAGAGGUCGACAACAUCGAGACGACAGUCGAUAUCAACGUUGAACGCCUAAUUGAAUUGAUAGACACGAAAUAUGCGUCUCAGAACAGACCUUUUGACUUCGGGUAUAAAGCACAGUACUUCACGCUGGAUGUUAUCUCCGCGCUUGCUUUUGGUGAGCAGUUUGGUGAUCUGGAGACUGAUUCGGAUGUCAAUGGCUACAUAAACGCGAUGGAAGAGAGUAUGCCUACUAUCAUCGUAACGACUGUGAUGCCUUGGAUGAUGAAACUACUGCAAUUACCUAUUUUCAAGCCUAUGCUUCCUUCGGAAAAAGAUAAGGCCGGUGUUGGUAGAGUUAUGGCUAUCGCCAAGAAAGUUGCCGCGGAACGUUUCGGUCCCAACCCCAAGGAACACAGAGACAUGAUUGGGUCUUUCAUUGCCCGAGGUUUGCUACAGCACGAGGUGGAAUCGGAGAUUCUUAUGCAAAUUCUAGCUGGAGCUGAUACCACAGCCACCGCCAUUCGAGCAACAGUUCUACAUAUCAUUUCCAACCCUCGCGUGGUUGAGAGGAUGCGAGCCGAGAUCAAAGAACACAGGCCCAGUCAACCCAUCAUCACGGACACUGAAGCACGAGCAAUGCCAUACCUACAAGCUGUCAUCAAAGAAGGUCUUCGAAUCCAUCCACCAGUUGUCGGCCUCAUGUCAAAGGAAGUACCAGCUGGAGGUGAUACCUUCAAGGGUCAUUACUUACCCGGAGGAACUAAGAUCGGAUACUGUGCUUGGGGCAUAUUCCGACGAACAGAUGUCUGGGGUGAAGACGCUAACGAAUUCCGACCGGAACGAUGGCUAGACAGCUCCAAGGAUCAACUUCGUCUUAUGGAGGGUACUCUUGAACUUGUAUUCGGCUAUGGAAGGUGGCAGUGCCUCGGGAAGAAUAUCGCGUUGAUGGAGCUAAACAAGGUUCUUGUGGAACUUAUCCGUCGCUUUGACCUUUCUGUGGUCAAUCCUCUGAAGCCUUGGGAGUCUAUCAAUGUGGGAGUUUUCUUACAGUCGGAAUAUUGGAUACGCGCGUAUACACGGACGAACGUGUGA